AUGACCAGUUAUGGCUUUUUCCCUAGUCUUCUCAUUUUCAUUUCGAUCAACAUAAUUACGUGUUAUAAAAUAAACAAGUUAAACUUUACUAAGGACCUAUUCUUCUUUAACAAAGGGGAAAAGAAAAGUUAUAGAGAAAUAAGAAACAAAGUUUAUAAUAACCGAAUAAAUGGAAGCGACACUAUAAAGGAAAAUGUCGAAAUUGAGAGGAACAUAAAAUGUAAAAUUGGGCUAGAGGUACACGUACAGUUAAGCACCAAACAUAAGGCCUUCUGUAAUUGCUUCAAUGUAGCUUCUUUGUAUAACGAAAAAACGUACGAAAAAAAUUACAUCGAUUUGUACAAUUAUUUAAAGGACAAUGUUUUAAAGACUCAAAGUAAAGCAGCAGAUAUCAAUUGUCUAGAAGAAAGGGGGUAUAAAAAAGAAGGGAUACAUUCUUAUGGUACAUCAAGGGAGGUACCACAGGGAAAUAUAUCAAAAUGUAAUAGUAAUGGCGAACAGAAUUACACUGUUAAUAGUCCAAAUAAACACAUUUGCAACAGGUGUGUAGGCGAAGUAGGGGCACUAAAUUUGCUGAACAGCACAGCUGUUUUAUUCACAUACCUAAUUAGCAUCAUAUUUAAUUGCAAAUUAAGUAAUUCUGUAUCAUUUGACAGAAAAAUUUAUAAUUAUUAUGAUUUACCAAAAGGUUAUCAGAUUACACAAAAAGAAAUACCAAUUGGUUCUAAUGGUUACAUUUCUCUAGGGGGAAAAGCUUUUCGCAUAAAAAGUAUUCACCUAGAGGAAGAUACAAGCAAAUGUUUUCUACAUAACCGAAUGGAUGAUAUGUUUGAUGGUGAUGAUAUAACAGAUGCAAGUAGUUACACCAAAAAAGGAAAUGUAGAUGAGCGCGGCAGUAAAAUUACAAAUGUUAACAAUAUUAGCUACGAAAAGAAAGAAAAUGAAAACGUAGACUACGAAAAUUUGUCAUCAAAUUGUAAUGAAAAAGAAGAUAAUAUAAUUAAAUAUUCAAAUGAAAUAAGUAACUUGAACAAGAAAAUAUUGUUAGAUUACAACAGAUGUGGCAUCCCAUUAGUCGAAAUUGUUGUACAAAAAGAUUAUAUGAAUGCUGAUGAAUGUAUUAAUUUGCUGAAGGAGAUAAAAAAUAAAGUGUGUUUACUUGGUGUGUGUGUAGGGAAUAAGGAAAAUGUACGAUCAGAUAUUAACAUAUCUUUCGAAUAUAAUAAUGUAAAAUAUAACAGAGUUGAAAUCAAAAAUAUUAAUAGUUUUAAAAAAAUUAGGAAUUGUAUAGAUCAAGAAAAAAAGAAUUUUGUCAAUAAAAUUUUAACAAAUGAUAUAAAACAAGGAAAGUACAACAAGCCAAAUGAUAUAUACACAAAAAGCUACAUAGAUAAUACACAUUACAUUUUAAGAAAAAAGGAAGUAUAUAAUUAUGUACACGAAAGGAAUAUACCUGAAUAUAAACUUAAUAAUAAGGUUAUAAAAUUAUUAAAAUUUUACGUUAAUUAUAAAAUAAAAAUAUAUGAGGAUGAACAAAAAUAUAAUUGGUCGAAGCAUUAUUUUCAUGUAUUUUUCAAUGACCCAUUUUUAUAUAAUUAUUUCAAUGAGUGCUUAAAAUUUGAGGAACAAAAACAUGUCUCCAAUUUUAUAGUUAAUAUACUUUUAGAUGUGUUGAAAAAGAAGAAUGUCUUAUCUAAAAAUAUCUUAAUAAAACCACAAAAUUUUUGCUUUCUUAUUAAGUAUGCAAUGGAAAAUAAUUUAGAUAACACAUCUCUUAAGGCGUUCCUCUUCAAUUAUGUUGACGUGGGAUUUGAAAAUGAAUUUCUCAUACAAAAUUUUAAAAAUAUAACUACCAGAGAGGUGGAAAAUGUGCUGAAGAAAUUAAUAGACGAUAAUAUAAAGCAUUUAAAAAUAGACAUUGGCAAGAACGUCCACAACAAACAGAAUUUUAAGAACAGAAUUAUAGGUCUCUUGAAGAAACAAAUGAUUCUGCAUAACACGCAGCUGCACGUGAACUACAAAACUGUGAGUACAUUCAUUGAUAAUUAUAUAAAGAAAUUGGCAUAA